GAGACGCUGUGGAGCCUACAACGUAUCGAUUCCUUGCUCCAGGUGCAGCAGGCACGAGCUCAAGUGGUACAACAAUGGCGACUACUGGGCUCGGUAUCCCAGCCGCCCCUGCAUUGCCUUGCCGAUGAUCUUCUUGAGGCCAUCUGAGUCGGCCUUGGCUUACAACGAUCGAAAGGACUAUGAUGGUCGAAACCAGCGGCUUCACAAUGAAGGCAUCACGGACGCC